GGUUGGGGCGAUUUCGUCAUUGUUGAGAGUAUAAAGUCGAAGCACCAUUUUGCCAAACCCUUCUGGUCGCGUUUUAGAGCUUUUUCUUCCUCACCGAACAAGGGAGCCCAUGGCAUCAAAACUUCAUCAACUACAAUCAAAGGCUGUUGCGGCCUCACAGUUUGUUGCAAAGCACGGGUGUGUUUAUUAUAAGCAGUUGUUGGAGCAGAACAAGCAGUACAUUCAGAAUCCCCCCACUGUGGAGAAAUGUAGCGAAUUAUCCAAGCAGUUAUUCUACACUCGCCUUGCAAGCAUUCCAGGGCGUUACGAGUCAUUUUGGAAGGAGAUGGAUGCUGUUAAGCAGUUGUGGAAGCGGAAGGAUGAGCUGAGAGUCGAGGAUGCCGGCAUCGCUGCCUUAUUUGGGUUGGAGUUAUACGCAUGGUUUUGUGUUGGAGAGAUUGUUGGUAGAGGCUUCACUUUCACUGGCUACUAUGUCUGAGGUUUGCACCAGGGUUUGCUCCCUUUCUGCAAUUUAUUUACACUUCUGAAAUUUUGUACUUUCUAUUUCUUCUUGUUAAGAAAAAUAGGAGGAAAAAGAUUGGGACCUGCCAUCAGGAUUAGACGAGUGUCAAAGCCUCAAUAAUUCCUCAGAUUUGUUUUUUUGAUGUCCUUUUUCCUCUUGAGUUUUACAUGGGUUUUUCUGUUUUCAUUUUGUCUUGAGCUCUUGCUCGUGGAAGGUUGCGGAACUAAAUACAGAAACCCUGCUUCUCCUUAUUUACUGAAAUAACAAAUUUUAUCUCAUUGUUUAGGUUUGUGUGUU